GUGUGUCCAGCGGUUUGUUCUCGUCAGGGGGAUCGAACAACGAUCGAAGCCCGCCAAGUCUCGCGAGAGCGCCGCGCGCAGCGAGAGGACGGUCAGGCUUUAGCAAUAUUCAUAUUUAGCAACAACAACAAGCUUCACGGUGAGCGGCUCCGGUAUGUAGAGACAGAGACAUGGACCGACAGCCCGCCGCGCCGACACACACGGACACACACACCGGGCUGUGCCGUGCAGGAUGUGGCCACACUCCUCUGGACGUCUGACAGACGGAGCAGACCUUCGUACCUCCACCUUCCAUCCAUCCACCCGUGUCCCGCCUGUCUGAGUCGUUGAGACGUCAGCGUGUCGUAAGAUAAUGUAGCAGACGGCGUCGCCGUGGAGAUAUUGGACCAGCUGAGCUCGUCACUUCAGUUCACACUCUUCUGUAAAUUGUUAGACCGAUGUGCCGCCCGUCAGCUGUGCACUCACCUCGCUGCGUUUGACCUGAUCGUCGUCUGUCAGGAGAAUGAACGGCUCUCUGUUGACCCCGCCCAGCCCGCGGGCCGCAAACUCCUCCCCUUUACCUCCCUCGCCCUCCCCCUCUCCGUCCCCUCCAUCCCCCUCUCUGCUGCCGCUCUCCCCCCGGCCGCCUCCCCUCCCUCCCCUGGUGAGCCCUCCCCCUCAGGCUCACCCAUCCUCCCUGUCCGACACCCCCACGCCGUCCCCCUCGCCCUGCCUGAGCUGGACCGAAUUCUGUGAGCUCCACGCCCGCGUGGCAGCUGGCGACUUCGCACGCCACUUCCGGGCUUUCCUCCUGGAGAACCCGCACUACUCCCCCGACUCAGCCGCCGCCUUCUGCCGCCGCUUCACCGACCGCUUCGUCCGCCACUUCCAGAGCGAGCUGGAGGGGGCGCUCCCGCCGAGCUGCGCUUCAGGGAGGGACGACAUGGUGAGCUGGGCUCCCCAGUCAGACGCCACCUCCCUGGAAGAGGAGGCGGUCUCACCCUUGUCGGCGUCCGGGGCAGCCGUCCUCCCGUGCCCGCCAGCCAACACGACGCGGGCCUCAUCAAAGCCGGCGCCGACACGGCUGGUGUUGGAGAACCGCGGCGGGGACCGGUUUCAAGACUCUUACGCCCACAGCCAAGUCCUGCCUCCAUCCUCGUCAUCGUCGUGCUGCUCCUCGGUGGGAGGUAACAACGGGAGGCGCGACGAGAGGGGCGCCAUGAUCACCCCCGGCAACGGGGAAGCACCGGUGGAGGAAGAGGAGGACAGCUGGUUAGGGGUGGCGUCUGUGGGGGAAGACGUUGAGCCAGAAGAGCGGGAAGGAGAAUCCACAGAGGUGGACGGAGCUGACGCCUCCCACACUCCUCAGAUUCCACCCUCCUCCUCCUCGGUCACUCCUCCGCCCGGCUCCAAAGGUAACAGUACGCCCAACUCCUCCAAAAACAAACUGAAGAAGCGCUUCUCCCUGCGGAGCGUGGGGCGUAGUGUGCGGGGGAGUGUCCGCGGCAUCCUGCACUGGCGUAGCUCCUCCAGCGACUCCGCCCAGAGCCAGCUGCCCUCCAGCUACAGCUACACGAUGGGGGUGCAGGACGCCACGUUGGUGUCCACGUCAAAGAGGAACUCUGGCACACAGCCUCCCACACCCACCUCCUCCAUGCCGGUCUCUCUGUCCAUGCCACUCUCCCUCCCCCACUCCUCCUCCUCCUCGCUGCCGCCCUCCUCCUCCAGCAGCGCUACCUCCCUGUCUCUGUCGGAGGCCGCUCGGGAUCGGCGGCGGAGCAACGGUGAAGGAGGCGAGAAGGAGAAGUGGAGCCAUCGCCUGGAGAAGCUCAGACUGUCACGAUCGCCUCCUCCUGUCCUCACCCCAACCGCCGCCGGCCCUCACUCCGCCUCCUCCACGCUGCCUCCCAGCAGUGCUGCCGCCGCCGCCAUGGGUCCCCCGAGGAAGGUGGGCCGGCUGGUGCGGGAGGGCGGGGUGAGCGUGAGCUCGUCCAGCGACGAGUUGAGCGCGAGCCACGGCUUCUCCGGCUUCUCGUUCGGCUUGCUGCAUCACGGUACGGACAACAACAACGCUGCCUCAGCUUCAGCCGCCGCCGCAGUUCAGGCCGGCCCGGUGCAGCCGCUCGCCAGCGGGGGGAACGUGCCGUGGAGAGGAGGACGCUGGCAUAAGUGUCGCCUCGUCCUCAGAGAGCGGGACAGAGAGGGCGGUGAGCGGGGAGAGGAGUAUUACCUGGAAUUCUUCAUUCCUCCUAAAUCGUCAAAGCCUCGGCUGACCGUCCCGUGCUGCUCCAUCGUGGACGUGAGGAGCACCACGGCCCUCGAGGUCCCCGACAAGGAGAACACCUUCCUGCUGCAGCUGGACGGCUCAGCGCAGUACGUGAUCGAGACCCGUGACGCCGUGCAGAUGAGAGCCUGGCUGAGCGACAUCAGGAACGGCAUCUGCCUCAGUGAACAGGAAGAUGCUGAAGGUGUCUCUGGUCCUCUGGACAUCAGCGGGACGCCCGAGAUCGUUGACCGUCUAUCACAAGUGUGUUACGGCGGUAUCGGAGGCUCGUCCCCUCUCAUGGAUCCUCUCCCUCCGGAGCUGCCGCCUCGAGCGCCUCUCGACGAGACGGACAGCCGGAUUCUCGGUGGAGGCGGAGCCAGUCUGGGCACGCCAUUCGCUGAGACGCCAGACGCCACAGGGUCCUUCCUGUUUUCGGAGACGACGACGGCGGAGGCGGUGGAGCACCCGCUCAGUGAGUGUCAGUGGUUCCACGGCACGCUGUCCCGUCUCAAAGCCGCUCAGCUGGUGCUGGCUGGAGGCCCGGCGAGUCACGGCGUGUUCCUGGUACGCCAGAGCGAGACACGGCGAGGAGAGUACGUCCUCACGUUCAACUUCCAGGGCAAAGCCAAGCACCUCCGUCUGUCCCUGAACGAGGACGGUCAGUGCCGAGUGCAGCACCUUUGGUUCCAGUCCAUCUUCGACAUGUUGGAACACUUCCGGGUGCACCCGAUCCCCCUGGAGUCCGGCGGGGCCUCAGACGUCACGCUCAUCAGCUUCGUGGGUGCCACCGCCGUCCGCCAGCCAGACUUGACCAGCAGACCCCGUAGCCCUCCUCAGCCUCCACCUUUGCCGCCGGGCCGGCCGCCACCCCCAACUCCUCCCCAGGAGAGAGGAAACGAGACGGAGGUGGGAGGAGGUGUUGGAGGAGGAGGAGGAGGAGGAGGAGAAAGAGGAGGAGGAGAAGGAGGAGGAGGUGGUGCAGCGGCUGUGGUGACUAUGGCAACUACAGGGCCAGCAGCAGCUGGAGGAGCAGCAGCUGGAGGAGGAGGAGGAGGAGGAGGAGCAGUAAGUGGAGGCAGCGGAGGUGGUAGUGGAGGAGGAGUGGAGGACUGGGAGGAGAGAGACAGGGACACUCCUCUCCGCCAACUGGAAGCUGUGGAGGGGGAGGAGAGGGACGGAGCAAGGGCGCCCCGAGCCAUCGAUAACCAGUACUCCUUCUUCUGAUGAAGGGAAGGCCAGGAGGAGGAGGAGGAGGAGGAGGAGGAGGAGGAGGUGGUGGAGGAGGUGUGUGUACGUUUGUGUGUGUGUGCCUGUGUGUGUGUGUGUGUGAGCGAACGUGAGAUUGGAUGAGGCGGCGUACAUCAUAGCCAUUCAUAACCAGUAUUUUUAUUUUGUUAGCGAGGAGGAGGAGGAGGAGGAGGAGGAGGAGGUGUAAAGUACUAACACUAUAGGAGAGAGAGCAGACGGAGAGACGGGUGAGAGCAGCUUCACGACACUAACUCGCCGUACAUUUCUGUGUUUUCUUGUUUUUAGUCAGAUAAGCUUUGUUUUUUGCCGGUACGCCUCACAGCGAGCUCCUUCGUGCACGUGAACAGUAGUGACGAGCUCCUUCGUGCACGUGAACAGUAGUGACGAGCUCCUUCGUGUACGUGCACGUGAACAGUAGUGACUGAGCUCGGUCCCUGUGAAGCCAGCAGUCCUGAUACCUCACAGUGGUCCUGCCAAGACAGCACACGCUAGCCAGAGGCCAAACGUACUCUACAGACCCGAUCUGUACUGUGGCAGGUCGACCCGACACGAGCACGGCAGGUACGACAUGACGUCACAGUGAACUCCAGCUCAAGCUCACACUCACUUAAAGGUUACAGUGUGAGAAUAAUAACACUAAAGACUUCCUGUUUCUAACUUGGAGUCUUUGACUGAGGCUUACUCGACUGUGAUUGGAGCACAGAGCAAAAGGGGCGGGUCUUAGGAAGGGUGGAAUGCCCUCAUAUUUAGACGUGGUCACUAAUCUUAUGACAGCGUGUCCUGAAGGUUUCCUGUCAUCGUUACAAACGUUGUUAUAAUAAACGUCUCACAGUGAAAUGAUGCCGACUCAUUCAUCUUCGUCAAAGUCGUCGAGUCACCAACUUCAACACUAACUCUAACAGAUGAUUCACGUUAUUGUAUGGAGCUCGGUUUUAAAAAGGGAACCUGACGCAGCAUCACUCAGAUGUUUCUCUGGAGUUUGUGACGUCGUCUCGUCCUGCCGGAGGUCGUGAUUGGUCGGGUCCGAGUGACACCUGAAGUGGAGCAGGUGGGAAACAUUUACCUCAGACACACUCAGCAGCAGCAGCAUCACUCAGUGUAAAUGUCUCUCUUUCUCUCUCUCUCUCUCUGACACAGAAACAGGCUGAGUGUUUUCUUAUGGACGAACCAAUAACAAUAAUAUGAUGGAAAUAAUAAUAAUGUCAGAGUAAUAGUAUUAAUUUUAUUUGUUUUUAUUUUGUAUGCUUACUCCAUGUAACACUCGUUCCUCCAUCUUGUAAUUCAAAUGUGUUUGUGCCUUUUUUUAAAUUUUGGGCCGCCUCGUCCUGAAGGCGACUCUUCGUGUCCUCGCUGUCUUUCAUGCUGUCCUCUCCUCCUCGACCUCGUCCUCCGUUCAUCAAACGUUAAAAAAUAUACGAUUAGCAGAAAAUGUCAAUGAAUACCUACUUUUUCUACUCGUGCCUUUCUGUGUCUGUCGUCUCAUCAGCCUCUGCCUGCAUCGUGUCGCUCGUCUUCAUCACCACUCGGUUUAAAGCUUGCCUCUGUUCUCAUUCUGUCACCCGGUCUUUUCUUUGCUCAUGUGUUUGUCGGUAUGCACCCCCCCUCAGAUCAGCACGAUCUUCAUGUUCUGUGUCUCUUUUCUCAGUUUCGAAACUCUUUGUGCCUUUCUCUGUCUCUUUUCUCUCUUUGCUGGGACCGUGUGUUGAGGGCGGGCAGUGUCGUCUGUCCACCCUGUGUGGUUAGUUUCAGGUACUACAUUGAAUUUAAUGAUAUAAUAUAAAUAUAGUGAAACAUU